AUGGAUCUUUCAGUUUUCUCCGUGCAAAGUCCUGCUCAUAAUGAUUUCCGAAGUGAUACAUUCACUACACCUACGGUGUCAAUGAUUCAAUCAUUAUCUACAACAACGCUUGGAGACGCAGUAUACAACGAGGAUGCCAAAACCAUCGAGUUGGAAAAGAAAGUAAGUGCACUAACUGGAAAGGAAGCAGGGCUCUUUUGUGUGAGUGGAACUCUUUCAAAUCAAUUGGCAAUGAGAGUCAAUUUAACGCAGCCUCCAUAUAGCAUUCUCUGUGAUUAUCGUGGUCAUGUGUAUGAACAUGAGGCAGGGGGUAUGUCUACUUUAACACAAGCAAGAGCGCAACCAAUACAUCCAAAAAAUGGCCGUUACCUAACUUUAAAAGACGAUAUCUUGCCCAAUUUUGUGCCUGAUGAUGGUGAGAUUCAUGGCGCCCCCACAAAACUUAUCUGUCUUGAAAACACACUACACGGAAUGAUUUUCCCCCUUGAUGAAAUUAAGAGAAUUUCUCAAUUUUGCAAAGAUAACAAUGUGAAACUACAUUUGGAUGGAGCUAGACUUUGGAAUGCCUCUGCUGCAACGGGGAUAAGUUUGCAAAAAUACAGUAAAUAUUUCGAUAGUGUUUCAUUGUGUCUCUCAAAGACAUUGGGCGCACCAGUAGGUACGGUACUAGUCGGCGAUGCUGACUUUAUUCGUAAGGCUAAUCAUUUCAAAAAACAAAAUGGUGGAGGAAUUAGACAAAGUGGGUUAUUGGCUAGUAUGGCAAUAAUUGCAAUUGAUGAGAAUUUCCCAAAGUUGCCAGCAACGCAUGAAAUGGCAAAACAAUUAGGUCAAUUGUGUGAAGAGAAGGGAAUAAUUUUGGAACAUCCAGUAGAGACGAAUUUCGUGUUUGUUGAUAUUGCUGCAAAUAAGAUAAACCCAGAGAAAUUAGUUGAGAUUAGUGAUAAGCAUGCAGUGAAAGUUUAUUCUGGGCGAGUUGCUUUUCACUAUCAAAUCUCAAAAGAAUCAUUUGACGCUGUGAAAAAGGUUAUCUUGGAGGCUUUCGAUGAGUUAACCUUGGACGAUAUAGCUGAGUCUGAUGUGAUAGUAGUAACAACAAAAUUAUCAAAAGACCUUAUAGAAUUCUUUGAAGACGAUUAUAAUUUCGAAACAAGUUUGAGAUUACUAGACGAUUUGAAACUACAGACUUUUAUUCAGUCAAUCUCUUCAAAAUUGAAAUACAAGCAACUAGCAACUCAGUUAUUCACCAGAUACGUUGUCAAUAGCUUACUUAAACGUCCUUAUUUUGAAAAGAUCAAUUUUGGGUACAGCAAACAUGGAAAACCCUUUAUUGAUCGGUUUCAAUUUAAUACAAGUUCAUCAAAUGAUAUUAUUGCGAUUGCAGUGAGCUUGCAUCUACCAAUAGGUAUAGAUUUAUCACACCUGGAGCAAAACAUUUCGUCGGUAAACUACUUGUCUCAAUUUGAGCCUAUUUUUCAUGACCUGGAGUUGAGCCAAGUCGAUACAUAUUUCAGAUUUAAUCAUUUUUGGACUUUGAAAGAAUCAUUCACAAAAUUAUUGGGUUGUGGAUUGAAUAUCAAUCUUGCUGAUUUUUAUUUUCGUGUUGGAAAUGAAUUCGAUGAGCUGAGAGGUGGUGGUAUUUAUCCCUAUUCAACAAUGCAAAGCUCUGUUCAAACUCGAUAUGAGUUGAGUUGGUUUAAUGAGAUUGAGGUCAAUGCUGAAAAAUUAUUCAAUCAAGAAAACGAAUUCGUUCAAGGGUUCAAUAAUGAAUUUUAUUGUUAUAGUUCUGUUCUUGAAAACGGUGAUCAAGUGAGGUUACCUGUUAUUAUAUCAAUAGUCACUCCAUUUAAAGCCGAGAAAAUUCAUUGUCUAGAUAUAAAAUUGAGUAGAUUAUUAUUAAAUGAAUAA